AUGUCUACUGACGAGGCCCAGCUCCGGGAGCGCCUGGUGGGAGCGAAUGCCGCGGGCUGCUACCACGAGCUGCUGCGCGCUGAGUCGCGGCUGGCCUCGGAGCUCACCGCCAGGGCCGCCGCGUUCGAGCACGAGCUCCGGUUCGCAGGCGGCGCCACUGGGGACUGGUCGGCCGAGGGGCCGCAAGGCGCCGCUGCGCAGCCCGCACCGGCCCGCUGCCCGCUCGUGCGGCCCCCGAGGGGCCUCAUCUGCCGCCUCAUCCUCGGCCUGCCUCGCGGCCCAGCCUCGGUCCAGCGCUACAUGCUGAUGCCUCCGCUCGCCGCCGCGCUGGCGCAGCCGCCAAACACAUUCCUCACGCACCGCGACCUGUGCAGCAUGGUGCGGUGGGCGCUGCACCACGACCGAGCAAAGGCGCCGCUCCUGCAGCUGGUCCUCGAGCCGCCGGAGCCGCCGCAAGACGCGCCGAGCCUCUCCUCGCUGCUGGCCGGCUUGGCGGAGGGCAGGCAGGCGGACGGGGCGGCGGAGCUCGACGCCUCGCUGCAGGAGACGCUCUCCGCGCUGGAGGCGCACGCCUCCCGCCGCGCCUUUCUGCGCUCGCUCCUCUAUCGCCCGCCCGAGCCCGACCCGCCGCCCGAGCCGCCGCCUCCGACCGAGAUGGAGGUGGAGCCAGAGCCGACCUCCGCCGCGCCGCGAGACGGAAGGCUGCGCAAGCCGCACGAGUUCGGGUUCGCGCUUGCAAAGGCGGGAGGCGCCGGGGGAGAGGGCGGGACGGGGGGGCAACAUUCUCAGCCGAUCGGCCUCGCCCAGGCGCACCGCUCCGACGCGGCCGCCUCGAGAGCCGCGCUGGCGGCGCUGCUUGCCCCUCGGCCAGAGGGAGGGCUUGCGGAUGGCGCGGCGCCGUUUGCAGGCACCGGCACAAGCUGGGCGGCGCCUGUUGUCGUCUCGCCAGCAAUCCCUGACGCCAAGAGGUGCGCCCUGCGCGUGGAGCUGCUGCAGGAAGAGCUGAACGAGCUAAAGGAGGCUAUCUCGCAGAACGAUCUGGUCGAGGUGGCCGACGCCCUCGCCGACAUCCAGUACGCCGGGGCCGUUCACGAGUUCGGGCUCGGCACAAGGUUCGCCGACCUGUUUGCUGAGGUUCAGAGAUCAAACAUGAGCAAGGCAUGCGCCACGAGGGAGGAGGCCGAGGCGACCGUCGCGCACUACGCAGCCAAGGAUCAGCCGGCGAGGAUCGAGGAGUGCGACGGCCAGUACCUCGUUUACCGCACGGCCGACAACAAAGUGUUGAAGUCGGUAAAGUACUCUCCGGCGGCGCUGCAGCCCAUAGUGGAGGCGGGCAAGGAGAACUGA